AUGGAGGUCAAUAACUCAUUAUCUACAUUGGAUACUCUGAGUAAGCGAACACUGCUUUUGGGCCAUGAGGACAACGACACUAGUAAGCAUCACGAACAAUACUACGGCAAGCAUAGAGAAUAUGAUAGCAACAACAACAACAACACGUCAACGUCCUGUUCUACAACCACUACAGAACUUCCCACAACAACAUCUCCGAAAACAAUCAAAAAAUUUAUCGACGAAACCAUUUCACCACUCGGGACUGGUGAUGCUAGUCGCGAAAAUGGAAAACAAAUUCACCAGCGACUUACCCCACCUACUCCAAACUCUCCGUCUUCUCCUGCAUGUUUAGCUGCACAGUUCUACGGUGAAGAAUACCAACAGUUGGCUCAAUUAGAGGACGAAAAAACGGCAUCAUCGUCUGCAAAUGCCUCUGCAUCCCAAAAAAACAAUAUCAAUAGCACUAUUAAUAGUAACAUCAUCAACAACAACAACAACAACAAUAUUUCUGAAGAUUCUGAAGUGGAAAAGUUUCUGUUGACGUCACCACUGGCUGAUGCGUCUCCAGAUUUCAAACCUACUGAAAAUGAUCAGGGUCAAACCACCAACAUCCUUACCGGAAGAAAAGCUGCUAGAACUUUGCGACUAUUCAGAGAGACAGAUGACGAGGAUGAAGCUGGCAGCGAAAAUGGAACUGGCGUUAGUGGCGACGAUGCAAAUGAAGCAAAAUUUGCAGGCUUGCCUAGUCCAUUAAAAGAUCGCCUUCUGGAUAUUGAACCGGUGUCAUCUGCAACAUACAUACCUCAUACGCCAGUAAUUCAUGACCAUACAUAUGAAGGGCCGCACCAACAUCAACAUCACAAACAUAGCCAUACACAUACUCACCAACAACAACAACAACAACAACAACAACAACAACAACAACAAAAUCAACAACACCACCAACAGCAGCUCCAACAACAAUGUCAACAUCAACAACACACUUCGCCAAGUAAAUCGAUUUUUGUUGCUCCAGAUGAAGUCGAAGAGCCCGUGACGCCUGACUUGCCUCUUAAACCACAACAUCUCACUGCCAACUUGGAGUUUGACCAUACACUAAAUGGUGAUAUCACACGAAUCUCUAAAUAUCCGAGCGAAUCCACCACUGGAAAUGCAAGCGACGAUCGUCGUAGGGAAAUUGAGGAGAUUGAAAAAAUAAUUAAAUAUUCCAGGUCUUCCACACCAGCAAAUUUCUUAGAAAGGGAUGUUGCUCAUGUUGAUGAUGCUAUUCACACUAGAGAUGACAUAUGCAAUGACUUGAAUAAAACUGGUAUUAUUGAUGAUCACUAUAAUUUCAAUCACCUGUAUGACUCGCACAAAGAGGAUCACUUUGCAUUCCCGUUGGCAGUCGAAUUGCGACCAUUUAAAAAUAAAGUUGGAGGGCACACUGCGAUUUUCUCUUUUUCGAAACAAGCAGUAUGCAAGGCUUUAGUUAAUAGAGAAAAUAUUUUUUAUGAAACUAUUGAAGUAUUCCAUUCUGAGCUCCUCAGUUUUAUGCCCAAGUAUAUCGGAGUAUUAAAUGUGCGUUACUCAAGCAUCAUCAAUGAGAAGGAACUUGUAAAAGAGGAAGAGGGUAAAGAAAGCCCAAAAAAUACAAAAGUAAAAUCAAAAGAUUUGGUUGAAUCUGAAAGAGGAAUGAAUCAGUUAGAAGAAACGUCGGAAAAAGCAGAAGAAAUAAAAAAUAUAGGAAAAAUGCAAAAGAGAACGGGAAAUAUGCAAAAUGUAGAUGAAGCAAACAAUGCUGACAACGAGUUUGACUCGACCGAACAUUGUGGCCAACCGGGUACUGAUGAUUAUCGCAUAGAUCAAUCACAUAUUUAUCAUCACCAGCAUCAACAUCGACAUGAACACCAUCAGCCUCUGCAUCUGCAUCUGCAUCUGCAUCUGCAUCAGCGAGGGCAAUCUCAAACAUAUCAACCGGAAGUUGUACUCGAUGAUAACAAGCAUAUCAUCCCUGAUACAUUGUGGAAACAUUAUUCGAGUUCUUUUCCUUCUCCCAAGUACAAUCAUUCAAUAACGAGUUCUAAAAUAAGCCCUAUACCCAGUUUGACUAAUUCACCGGUUCAGAGACCUAAUCAGGGAUCUACUGUUGUGAAUACCGAUUUGCAAGUACAAGUUUUGCAGGAAGUUUUCCAACCAAGUUUACGACUUCUGGAUGAUGACUUCUUCCCAAUGGAAGAAGAUAGCAAAGAUGAAGCACUUUUGGUCACACCAAAUGCAAGUUCAAACGAGCAACACGAUGAGCAAUUACCAACUUUAACACCUAAUUCGCCGGAGGCUAUUUUACGUAAGCAUACUAGAUUUGAAAGGUUUAUACUAUUGGAAGACUUGACUAGUAAUAUGAAAAAGCCGUGUGUAUUGGAUUUGAAAAUGGGUACGCGUCAAUAUGGAAUUGAAGCUAGUCCCAAGAAGCAAAAAUCGCAAAGACGCAAAUGUUUGGCAACAACGUCACGACAAUUGGGUGUAAGGGUUUGUGGUUUGCAAAUAUUCACCCAUGAUAACCGCAGAAUAGCUCGAGAUAAGUAUUUUGGGAGACGACUUAGAGCAGGUAUACAAUUUUGCAAGGUGAUGGCCAAAUUUCUCUACAAUGGCAAGGACGUGUAUUCGAUAUUACUGCGCAUUCCUCAUUUGAUCGUGCAAUUUCAAGAGUUGUACAAUAUAUUUGAUAAACUCCCGGGUUACAGAAUGUAUGGCUCGCUGAUUUUGUUGAUGUACGAAGGUGGGUCCAAGUCUAAUUACGACCAAGUCAAGGUUAAGAUUAUUGAUUUUGCCCAGUCUGUAAUUUCAGAAGAAGGACAAGACCAUGCUACAAUCCCACCAGCGCAUCCACAUAGUGUUGAUUUUGGCUAUUUAAGAGGACUCCACUCGUUGGUCAAGUAUUGUACCUUGAUUUUCCAAGUCUUGAGUCGAACGAAAUUAUGUGACCUGCAAAGCAUGAAGGAUUGGCUCGUUGAGCACAAGGAUGAUCUAUUGGUUAUCGAGAAUUGUGUUUGGCUUGAUGAUUAUGCGGAAAUCGAUCAAAAGGUUGAUGGAGGUAUUAACGAAAUAGCUGAGGAAGAUCCAUUUAAUAUAAAUUAUAGUUUAGAUGUAGAGGGUCACGAGGAAGUGGAUGAUGAUAACGUAUCUGAAUAA